AUGCGAUACAAUGUUGUUGAUAAUGAUGGUCAUACAGGUUGGAUGCUAGGAGGCAGUCUUCCAGCGCAUAAAGAUACUCCUGAUUUUCAAGUCCCUCUACGUAUUGUGAUUCAGUCAUACGCGUUUAUUAGUGGCAGUUUAUCGCAACCUGCUAAAUAUCACGGAGGUAAACCAUUGUGCAAUAAGUGGUCUUCACAAUUUCCGUUAACGUUACGAGUGUAUCAAGCAGACUCGUCGAGUUUUAUUCUGGCACGUAUAUGUGACGAUUCUGGACCAGACUUACUGCGAUAG